CACGGAACCACGUGAUCCACAAACCCAGCAAUGACCUUUCCUGUUAGCUAGCGGUGGAAAACCCGGAGAACUUUAUGCCGACAUUUCCACACUUCACGAAUCCAACACAAUGGAUCGGACCAAGCAAGACGAGGAAUAUGGAUAUAACCUCUUCCCGAAGAGAAACCCGAUGAAGCCCGAGAAGAGACCAGACCGAAGCAGCCUGUUCUCAUUCAGAAACAAGUGUCAGGUCAUGUUAAGGUUCGCCAUGGAAACCAGUCCAUAUGCCAAACUCCUCCUCAGUGCCAUGAAGAACUCCGGCUGCAACGUGUUUAAAGACAGACAUUUCUCCUGUGAGGACUGCGAUGGGAUGGUCAGCGGUGGCUUUGAUGCUGCCUCCUCUCAGAUUGUUUUGUGUCAGAACAACAUCCACCAGCAGGCUCACAUGAACCGAGUGGUCACCCAUGAGCUCAUCCAUGCGUUUGACCACUGCCGGGCCCACGUGGACUGGUUCAACAACUUCAGACAUCUGGCUUGUUCUGAGAUUCGCGCAGCGAACCUCAGUGGGGAUUGCUCCUUCAGCAAUGAAUUUUCCAGAUUCAACUUCGGCCUUAAGGAACAUCAUCAGAAGUGUGUCCGGGAUCGCGCUGUACGCUCCAUCCUGGCUGUGCGAAAGGUCAACCGAGAGGAGGCGGAAAAAAUAGUCAACGAGGUCUUCGACUCGUGCUUCAACGAUCACGCCCCUUUCGGACGGAUCCCACACAGCAAAAAGGACGCCGAAUUCGCCCACAGGGAAUACAUGAACAGGGAUCGGUACUAUGCGAACCUUUAGUGUUUGACGUAUUGGGAUCCUGCAGGUGCUCGGCCAACAUUGCCAAUGGAUGAUUGGCGGCGUCAUGAGUUGCGGUGUGGACAGAAGUAAAUGACUGAGUUGAAACAAUCAGAGAGGGGCGCAAUACUGUGCAUCAGUACAGAUUAUUUUGUCUUUUUGGACAAUAGAUUAAAGUGAGAACAACAAUGCAUUUCAUUUUCUUCCUCUUGGACUCUGCUGCUGUGUUAAGAGAUUGUACCGACUGAUUUCACACUUGGGAUUGAAAAUUAAAUUGGGUGGAACCAGAUCAGA